CUCGCUCUCACUCUCGUUCUCACUCUCUUUGACUCCGUCUUUCUCGCCAAAAGUGGUGAUUUGCAACUUCAAUUCAACCUUCAUCUAUCUCAUUCGCCCAAUCUUUCGGUCCCCAGGGCACCCGGUAGAGGCGCAGCUUGCAAGCCUGUCCCCAGCACGAACCAUCACCCAUCGCCCCUCCACGACGCUUUCACACACACAAACAAACUCACGCACGCCCACUCGCCCACACGCACUCACUGACGCUUUGGGAAGUUCGCAUCCUCACCUAAACCAGAAAUGUCGUCUCGCUCUCAGUCAUCCGCCAAGCGGCCGCCCACUCCAAAGUCCGCCGAGCAGCAGCAACCCCAACAUCCUCCUGUUCCCCCAAUACCCUCUCGCUCCACAACCUCCUCCACUCCCGCCUCCUCCCGCCGCACACUCGGUUUUCUCCGCCGCAGUAAGUCUGGUGAUCCUGUACGCAAGAUGCCUGUCGUUGCCCCCUCCCCUCCCAAGCUUCCCGACCUUCCUGUCAAUGGCUCCGCCAAUAACGGCAGCUACCCCAAUCACCUUCUCGGCAAGGACGUGAGGGACUCGGUCGACAUCCUCUCCGGCAGGUUCAAUGCCAGCGAGGAGACCGUCAGCAACGGUUACAGGAAGCAACAGCCACAGUACCAUGCAGCCAUGGGCGGAUUCGUCCCCGGCAGGAAGAGCUCGGAUUCGGUCAUCGGUCCGGCUGGCGAGUACGUCAGGAGUACUUCGGUACCCAUCUCGGAAGACCCAUACGCGAAUGUCGGAAGUAUGGCACACCGCGGAAGAUACAGUUAUGCUAGUAGCGCUGUGAGCACCGUCAACUCUCCCAGACGGGUGAGAAGGAGGAAAGACCCUACUCCGUUCAAUGUGCUGGUUAUCGGCGCCAGGAACUCUGGAAAGACGUCGUUCCUGCGAUUUCUGGGUCACUCGCUCUCCCUCAAGAAACGCGGUCAUACAGGAGACACGCCCCCUCAGACCGAUCACACUGGCACUACUUCCGAUAGUCCCUUCAAGUCAACGUACAUUGAGACGGAGAUCGACGGUGAACGCAUUGGUCUUACUUUGUGGGACUCGGCCGGAUUGGAAAAGAAUAUGGUCGACCUGCAGCUGCGAGAGACCGUCGCUUUCAUCGAGGACAAGUUCCAAGAGACAUUCUCCGAGGAAACAAAGGUUAUCCGUGCUCCGGGAAUUAGAGACACCCACAUCCACUGCGUAUUCCUGCUCCUCGAUCCUGCCAGAUUGACCCCCAACAACCACUUCCCUGGCAAAGUCGGAUCCAACGAGGCCGGUGGCCUGGAUCCCGACCUCGAUAUCUCGGUCCUCAAAGCCCUCCAUGGCAAGUCGGUGGUGAUUCCGGUCAUCAGCAAGUCCGAUACCUGCACCUCCAAGCACAUGGAGUACCUCAAGGACAUCGUCCGAAGGGGACUUGCCGCGGCACACGAGGACCCUCUCGAGUCACUGGAGCUGGAGGUUGAGGAGGACGAGCACCACAAGGCAGGCCAGCGAGGCUCAUUGGUGGAAGAGGAUGAAGAAGGCCCGGAACACGAUGACGAUGAAGAUUCGGGCGUUGCACGUGGCCACACUGCGGCUGGGGAUGACGACGAAGAUAGGUCCGCCACGGCUGACUCUUCGGCUGAGUUCCAACGCCCCAUGGGCAUCACCGCUGGUCUGUGUUUCAUCCCGUUGUCGAUCAUAUCCCCGGAUUCCUACCAGCCCGGCGAGCCCCUCGGCCGCCACUUCCCGUGGGGAUUCGCGGAUCCACACAACGAGGCCCACUGCGACUUCACUAGGCUCAAAGACAGUGUCUUCAGCGAGUGGCGGGCCGAGCUCAGAGAAAAGAGCAGGGAAUACUGGUACGAGAACUGGAGGAGCGAGAGGCUGGGCUCGGGAAAUAGAACGCGGAGACGGUUCUGAUCGACCUCUGGCAGGAGCGAAAAUGGAUGUGUUUGUAUGAUUGCGGUAGGCGCUCUGGGUUGGGAGUCUGUGGGGAUGGUUUUUUCUCUUUUCUUUCUCUCAAGUUGGGCUUCUGUGGGGUUACUUUGCAAGACGGGAUCUGGAUGAGCCCGCGAUUUUAUAUCUGUCGGUUUUUUCUUCUUUUUCCCUUUAUCUUUUUCUUGUGUUUGCGUCUGUGACAGCUUUCCGGGUUUUCUCUUUCCCUUUCCCUAUUUCCUAAUACCCUCCCCUUGACC